AUGAUAACAACAACAACAACCGUCGCCGAAACGGAUUAUAGUUUUGCUUAUGACGUACAAGAUCCAAAAACUGGAAAUUAUCAAAAUCAAAAAGAAACAAGAUUCGGGGAUGUCGUCAAGGGGGAAUAUUCCGUUUUGGAAGCAGAUGGUUCUAUAAGAAGGGUUGUUUAUACAGCUGAUUCUAAAAAUGGAUUUCAAGCUACCGUACAUAUAAUCAAACCAAAUCAUUUACGUCAAUCACCGUUUACUAUGACGUCACAGGAAUCAAACGAAAAUUUUUUUGAUAAUUACAAUGAAAAUUAUCAAUAUUAA